AUGUGCAACAGUCUAGUCGAAAUAAAAACGAUCAGCUCCGAAGGUGCUUUUCUUCUACAGACCUACGUCAAGACCGUAGCAACCUGGAUGGACCUAUUCGAUCGUUCAUGUACAUACCAGCUCAAAGUCCCUCCACUCGCUCUCGCCUCACCACUUCUCUUCCACUGCGUCUGCGCAUUUACUGCAAACCACCUCGCGCUUUCCAACAAGAGCUUGAAUGCGUCCUGGAAGCUAGUUGCCGUGCGGCAUUACGGACAGGCUGUCCGUCUGCUCAUCGACGCACUCGAAGUUCCCUUCUGUGAGACCGCCAUGACCGGCGGCAUGCUCCUUCUCAGCUACGAAGUUCACGGUGCCAUUCAAUCCGAGGAUUACCGACGCCAUUUCCUCGGCCUGACAAUGCUGAUCAAGUCUCGCAGCAUCACAGCGCAGUCGACCGGUACCGACCGCGCCAACUUCUGGAUCUACUGUCGACACGAGAUAGCUGUGUCAUUGGCGAACGAGCGACCGCUCGUUCUGGAUCCAGCGGAGUGGGCUGUGUCGUGGAAAGAAGGCGAAGGGCGAGAAGACGAGCUUGGAAACCAGGUGAUGUGGAUCCUUGCUCGGGUCAUCAAUCUCGUCUUCGGGAUAGAUGGUUCUGGAGAUACUAGCAAGCGUGCACGAGAAGGCUUCCUGCAGGAGCUAGAAACCUGGCAUACAGGGCUGUCUCCUUGCUUCAUUGGCAUUCCCUAUGGCGAUGCAGAUGACGAUGGAUUCCGCAAUAUCUAUUUCACGGUCACGGCGGCAGCUGCAGCAGCUUUCUGGUACCAUGUUGCCCACAUAUUGCUCUAUGCUGAGCCGGUCCUGCAGGGUGAGAGCUACACACCAAUGGUCCAGGAUCACGCGAUGAGGAUCACGAACAUCACCAUUUCAGAUUUCCCGGCAGCCUUGAAAGUAUUUUCAACACAUGGGCUUUACUAUGGCGAGUCCAGCCUUGCUGCAAAGCACAUCAAAACGAUAUCGCAGAAAGCGCGAGUAUGGAAUGUGCUGAAAGACAUUGAGAUAGAUACAGGAUAUCACACUCGAUCCACAGUGAAGAAUCUCCAGGCCCAGGUAGACGAAUGA